AUGUGGGCACCUGUAAACGAAGCAGCAUUUCGUGUCUUGCAGGUCGACCUCCACAUUGGCACCCUCAGCAAGGCUGUGGGCGCCCAAGGCGGGUUUGUUUGCUGCAGCCACAUGACCAAGCAGCUGCUCGUCAGCAAGGCCCGCUCACAGAUCUACUCGACUGCUCUCCCACUGCCUGUGGUAGCGGCCGCCCUCGAAGCUGUGAGGGUUUCCUACAGGGAGUGGUGGCGGCGGCGGCACCUCUGGCGCCUUGUGGAGCUUGCGGGGUCUGCCCUGGGCGCAGCAGCACAGAGCCCCAUCCUGCCGCUGGUGGUGGGCAGCGAGCAGGAGGCGCUGGACUUUAGCCGGCAGCUGCUUGAGGCCGGGCUGCAUGUUCCCGCCAUAAGGCCGCCAACUGUGCCACAGGGAAUGUGUAGGCUUCGACUCACUUUGUCCGCCGCUCACAGCUUCGAGGACGUUGGCAAACUAGUGCAGGCAAUACAUGUAUCCGGCCGGGAAUUCAGGGGCAUCGACACAGGACUAGGACCCAGGGCGAAGUUGUAA